CUGGAAUUUCACAAAAACAUAAGGUAAAAAAAUUCUCGCGUUUCAAACCGGAUAUGGGCCGGAUAGACGUGAUCGGACGUCACAUGGGCCGGCCGCGAAUAAAAAAAAGAACGGGACAAGUCGACGUUAUAAUAAAAAAAAUACUAAUAAGAGGUUGACAUGUGGGCUCGGGACAUGCGGGGUCUACGUGUCAGCGUCCCGGUCACAGAAUCACAUCUUCCUGGCCGCCAUCCGCCGGACGGAGCACCGGACCCGCCGUACGCCUCCGUGCUCUCGCUCGCCGAGGCCUCUCCGCGGGCCGCAGCGCGGUUCCGCCUCGGUGGCCGCCGGAGCUGCUGCCUGGCCACAAGAAGCCGUCGCUCUCCCAGCUUUGAACCGGUUCCGAUCCGCACCACGGAGAAGCCCCCGCCUCGGGAGUCUCGCGUCGCCCCGAUGAAGGUGGAGCUCGCCGCGCAGACCUCCCAGACGAGCACGCCCCUGCCGCCGUCCCCUGAAGCCGCUUCUGCGUCGCCCCCGGCGGAGGAUGCGCCGCUCCUCCCCGACGCGGGCGUGCGGCGCCGGGCGGCGUGCGGGCGGUUCGCGCAGCGCAGCGGCUCCUUCCGCCGCGAAGUCGGCCGGGCCGCCGCCGAGACCUUCCUCCUCACGAGGCUCACCCUGAUCCUCCUCCGCUACCUCGGGAUAGGCUACAGAUGGAUUCGGCAGUUCCUAGCCCUCUGCUGUUAUACCCUCUUGCUGAUGCCAGGUUUUAUUCAAGUUGUAUAUUAUUAUUUCUUCUCUAGCCAAGUUCAUAGAAGUGUUGUAUAUGGAGAUCAGCCAAGAAACAGAUUGGACCUGUAUAUGCCCACUAGUACAACAGGGUUAAAGCCGGUCGUUGCGUUUGUGACUGGUGGAGCGUGGAUCAUAGGUUACAAAGGGUGGGGAGCCCUUUUAGGCAGACGCUUAGCAGAAAGGGGCAUCAUAGUUGCAUGCAUUGAUUACAGAAACUUUCCUCAAGGGACUAUUGGUGACAUGGUAGAAGAUGCUUCUCAAGGAAUAGCUUUUGUCUGCAAGAAUAUAACAAGUUAUGGAGGUGAUCCUAGCAGGAUAUAUCUUGUUGGACAAUCAGCUGGUGCACAUAUUGCUGCUUGUGCUCUCUUAAAUCAGGCCAUUAGAGAAUCCGGUGAAGGAGAUACUUCCUCUUGGAGUGUAUCACAGCUAAAAGCUUACUUUGGUAUUUCUGGCGGGUACAACCUCCUUAACUUGGUUGAUCAUUUUCAUAGACGUGGCCUUUACCGGUCUAUCUUUCUCAGUAUCAUGGAAGGUGAAGUAUCACUCCAGAAAUUCUCUCCACAAAUGAUGAUUAUGGAGUCAUCUGCUAGGUCUGCAGUUUCUUUAUUGCCUCGCAUCAUCCUUUUCCACGGAACAAGUGAUUAUUCAAUACCUCCAGCUGAAAGCCAAGCAUUUGCUGAUGCUUUACAACAGCAAGGCGCAAGGGCAGAUCUAUUUCUGUACGAAGGGAAGACGCAUACUGAUUUGUUCCUUCAGUCUUGCUUUGUGGAGGACCCUUCCUUUUUCUUGGCCCCAAGUGAUUGUAAGUUGCUUUCGUCACUGUUUUUGCAGCAACUAAUUAAUGUUGUGCGCAGGAUCCUCUUCGGGGCGGCAGAGAUAAAAUGCUGGAAGAGAUCGCCCGUGUGAUACACAGUGAGGAUCCAGACGCUGCUGCCCAGCACCUCGUCGUUGUGCCUGUUGCAAGGCGCCUUGUACCCGAGUUCAUGCUGAAGCUUGCUGGGAGAGUAAGCCCUUUCUGAAGGUGCUUCUAAGUUUGAUUGCGACCACGACUGACUAGUAUUUGUGAAUUUUCUUUUUUUAUCUUAAGACAAACAUGGAUGUACAUGUACUUGUGAUCGGAGAAAGUACUCAUAAUUUUCUAGACAGGCAAAAUGUGUACUGACAAC